AUGGCGAAUCCCACAGCACCGACGUACAUCCCCAGCCGGGUGGUCCAGACCGACUAUCCUCUCAUCGACAAUGACCCACACUACAAGCGGGUGAUCCGAUAUGCCCGGCCGUCCGACUACGCGCACGGCGCAGUGGCAGCGGCGGCUGGCCCAACAACGCUCCUGCUGAUGGAGCGGCUUGCACCGUCGUACGUCGGCAAGGGCGGCUUUGCCCAGGCCAUGCGGCUAGGCGGCUUCCUCGGUCUGGCCGGCGGCUUCCUCUACUUUUACCAACGAUCAUGCUUGCGCUUCUAUGGCAUGUCGGAGAACGCCCGCGAGGUGGAGAUGGACAUGAACGAAAUGGUGGCCAAGGUCAAGGCGGGCGAGACGCUCUACGGCGAGAGCCGACUGACGCCGCACAUGCAGGGCGUGGCGGCGCGGCAGUCACGCUACUCGGCGCUGUUCUUCCAGGUGGUGCCGUGGUUUAACUUUGUCAACCAUGGACAGCACGGCGUGGACACGGCCAAGUACUACCAGCAGGCGGAGCGGGAGCUGGCGGGCGAAAAGGCGAAGUAG